AUGGAUCAUCGUAAAUCUCGAAUCAUUCUUCUUUUCUACCUCGCGCAGGUCGCGUCUAUAGUUGCUGCUUCGUCUUGCUUUGCUGGCUUCGGCGCCUUUGGUAGACCAUGCGACGUUGAUAGUGAACCGGCGGCAAAUGGGGUUACUCUCCGACACAUCUUCCAUCAUGGCGCUGGUCAACCAGGCCCUAGGGCCCGCAGGCUAGAUAUCACUGCGGACCAAGCAUUUGUGGCAGCCGCCGCAGGGCAAUAUGGGCCGUUCCCCAUCAAGACGAAAGCCGUCAAGAUUGAGAGACCUGCUGCUCGACUCUACGACAAUCAAAUACCCAUGUCUCCAAUUUGGGUCGCCGAAGACAUUCCAGGCCCGGAUGUAGAAGACAAGGAGACAAUCAUUAACUUUGCAUACAUGUCCGAGGACGCGUACAAGGCCGGUCGGGACGAUCCAGAGUGGCUCGAUGUCGACGACCAAUACAACUCAUCCGUCCCUUUCGGUUGGGAUGACAGUGGUAUCCGAGGUCACGUGUUCAGCGACGACACCAACUCCACCAUCAUCUUGUCAGUCAAAGGCACGACUGUCGCCAUGUUCGAAGGCAAUGGUACGUCCGGACACGACAAGGAAAACGACAACUUGAUGGGCUCCUGCUGCUGCGGCCAAGGUGGCUCGUAUCUCUGGCGCAAGGUGUGCGACUGCCAAACUGGGACGUAUAUGUGCGAUCAGACCUGUGUGAAGGAUGAGUUGCAGAAACCCAACCGAUACUAUGCAGCAACACUUGAGUUGUACGAAGAAGUCACGAAGCUGUACCCGAACGCGAACAUCAUCACGACCGGCCACAGUCUUGGCGGCGUCCUAGCCUCCCUCAUUGGUCUCCAGCAUGGCGUACCGUCAGUGACAUUCGAGACCUACCCUCAAGCACUAGCAGCGCGCCGCUUGGGUCUUCCCACUGCUGGUGAUAUCACACCUCUACGGAAGAACACUGGUGGCUUUCACUUCGGACAUACAGCUGACCCUGUAUACAUGGGCACGUGUAGCGGAGGAUCAAGCUUCUGCUCAAUCGGUGGCUACGCUUUUGAGACGGUUUGCCAUACUGGUAAACGUUGCGCUUAUGAUGUCGUCAAAGAUCUUGGGUGGAGGCAAAGCACAUCAACCCAUCGCCUCAGAUACGCGAUUGACAACGUCUACAAAGUCUAUGAAAAGGCAGCGCCGUGUAUUGACGAGGAUGUCAACUGUGUUGAUUGUUAUCUUUGGAAGUUCGAGAACGGUACCCACUCCAAGCCGUCUACCACGACAACUGCAGCACCCACAUCUUCGCACACGCGGACUCGAACACAAACCUGCAAAACGCCCGGGUGGUGGGGUUGCCGCGACGAGACCCUCAACAGUUCCAACAUGCUCGACUACAACUUCCGCAUCUCAACUCCACGUCUCACUUUGUCGCACCUCGACGCCAACAACGAGAGACAUGUCGAUUUCAUCUACGAGCUCAACAACAGCCCUGAGAUCCUCCACAUACAUCGAAGAAUGCCAGGAGUCAGAGACACCCGAGACUCUGCACGAAGGUUCAUCGAGCAAGGCACAGAUGCAUUCGAAAAGAUUGGAUAUGGUCGCUUCUUGAUAUCGCUUACUCCCGAUGCUGCAGCCGGUGGGUGUGGAGACGAUCAGCGGGCUCAAUCGUUUUCCGACUCUGUGAACAAACACCACUUGAUCGGGAUCUUAUCGAUGCGUAAGGACCGCUUUCCGUCCGCGCCGAGUGUUCCGGACAUUGGCUUUGCAAUCAUGGCCAAGUACUACGGUCGUGGUUACGCGACUGAGGCGUCAAAAGCAUUAAUUAAGUAUUACCGAGAACAGAAGGGGCAGACGGCAUUCGCGGGGUACUGUGAUCCUGACAACGAGAAUUCGAUCAAGAUGUUUCGUAGACUAGGCUUUGAGGAGAGGGGUGUAAAGGAGGUGAACGGUGUUAUCGGUGACGAUGUGUACUUGAAGUCUCUUCCCUCACCCAAGUGCACGCCCAGCCCGGAGCACAAGGGCGGCAAGAUGUCUUCUUCAAGUGCUGUAGAUGAGAGGUAUUCUGGGAAGCGCAUAUCGAGAAAGGGUGUCAAGUCAGUCCCAGCCGAGCAUGAUGACAUGCAUCUCAAGAUCGGUAAAGGAUAUCUCAGGCUGCCAGAGGAAGGCAAGCUCAACUGGGUCGCCGGUCUUCGAAACCUUACCUCAAUCACCUCCCCAGCACUGCUCCCCUGGCACAUCAUGUGCAUGUCGAGCCUGAAGACCUGCCACAUCAAUGUCGAAGUUGUAACCUGCGCAAGCCUCAACUUUGCGAUUCCCUCGUCCGCCGUCAUACCCAACCAAAAUGGGUGUCGCAUCGAAAAGCUCAGCGCCCAAGUCCCGAUCGAAUUCCUCUACGAUGCGUACCUCAGAGACGGCGUGUUCCAAUACCUGCCCGCUGUAAUUCAUCUCGCGCCACGCCUGCUCUACCUAGCCCUCCAUCUCACACGCAAAGAAGGAAGCGGCACACACCCUGGCGACGAACACGACGAGAGUGGUUACGACACCCUGCUCCAAGACAUGCAAAGCGACUCGCUCGAAACCCUCAUCAUCGACACCUGUGACGUCGAGCCCGCUUCCGUCCGCCAACCUCGCACAGACUUCUUCGAAUCAAUCUCGCACCUCACAUCGCUGCACAGCUUCCCUAAUCUGCGCCGCGUCGUCGCGCCUCAGGAAGCUUUCAUAUCCGUCCCGAACCUUCUCUCUAGCGAUGCAAACCCCGUGUUCGUGCCGCCGACCGUCCUCUUCCCGCGCAAUAUCGAGACGGUGGAAAUCAUCGACUCGACGUCCGCGCUUGAUACGUGGGCGAAGCGCUUACUCGACGCGCACGAUGCUCCGACGGGGCUUAGGAAUGCUGUUGAUGGCAAGCACUAUUCCGUUGCAGGGCGGGGCGGGAGAGAGAGGGAACUGUUCUCGUCGGGCGCUUAUGGCGAAUACGCAACGGUGGAGGAGCGUCAGUCGGAAACGACGAACCAAAGAGCUGUUGAGAUUAUGAAGACUGGUGUCACGGUGUUCUUGAAUAUGGGUUGCGAUCAGGAUGAUGAAAGCGAUGAUGCUGAGUCAGUAGGGGAAGUCCGGGAAUCAAAGACGCUGCAAAUUAUACGGCAGGAUAUUUGGGAUUUGAUGGACAAUGCGGGUAUUGUUGUGGAGAAGAAGGAAGACGAACCACGUGGUUGGAGGAUGUGA